AUGUCUCUUGACGAAUCUGGCUCAGGGGCGGCAAGGCGCGGGGGGCGCGUUCAAUUGACGUAUGCACCCCGACUCUCCGAGUCCUUCUCCCGGGACGACGACACCAAGUGCGGAAGAACGCGUGGGAAGGGAUUAUUUUCUUGGGAAUUGUCGUACACGGAAAAGCGCUCUCAGCCCUUGGCACGAGGGCAACGGCAGCUAGGCGUGCUAAGCCAUCCAAGGGCUCGUGAAGACUUUCCCGAACUGUCCGCCGCGAGCAGUGAUCCGAAUCGAGAUUCUUCUCCCGCCGCUCUCGUGUUGAGUCUAGCGUCAAACCUAACAAUGCAGACUGAGGCGAUCGAUUAUGAAAGAUUUUCGCAACACACGGGCUGUAGAUCCGAUCCAACCUCCGACACGCAGAUUCAAGUCGUCGAGAAUGUGAGACGCGGCACCGCUUGUGCUACAGGAAUUCAGAAAGGGGAUAGAACCAGCAAAAAGAAAGAAUGCGCAAACAGGCCACCUCGUAAUCUCGUGUGGAAUAGAGUUCCUCGUCCGCGGACCGUGCCUCUUGCCUGA